AUGCGCGCCUCACUCUUCCUCGCCGGCAUCCUGGCCACUCUCGCCGUCGUCGCCGCCCCCAACUCUCCUCCUUCCCCCGCCGGACUCAAAGACACAAAACCAGAACAACGCACUGUAGACCUCGAGCGCCUCAACGCCGACGAUCAGGAUGCCUACAUACACACGAAGGCUCUCGACGGCCUGAAGCGUUUGGAUGCUGUCGCCGUUGAACUUGCUGCCACCGGCGCCAGAGAGGGCGAGAUGGCCAAGAACAGGGAGAACAAGGUGGCGAGGCGCGGCGAGAACGCUAACAGAGACAACAACACGCACCAAAUCUUGGUGGACUCGUUUGUCGACCAGGCCAUCGGGGCGUCAGCGCUGGCUUGCAACGGCAAGACUUGCUUGAGGAACGACGUCAGAACGUCCAUCUCUCUGUGCAUGACGGAGGUGGAUAAGGGGCGGAUGAAGGUCAAUGAGCUUUCGAAGGACAAGGCGUCCGUUGCUGGGUCGCCUAAUCGCUGCUCUGAAGUGAUGUGGAAAAUUCACGAUAUCGAGGGGUAUGAGGGCGAUGUAACGAUUCUUGGUGGCGGUGCUGAUGGGUUUUUGUUCUAG